AUGCCCUCCAGGACCUCUAAUCUCUGCGAGCGCUGCGAGGCCAGCAAGGCCGUAAUGCGCCGGCCGAAGAACCUGCAAAAGCUGUGCAAAGAGUGUUUCUUCCAUGUUUUUGAGACAGAAGUCCAUCUAACGAUAGAGAAGGAAAAACUAUUUCAGCCUGGAGAGACGGUGGCUAUAGGGGCUUCUGGAGGAAAGGAUUCCACAGUAUUGGCUUCCAUUCUCAAAACUCUGAACGAAAGAUACAACUAUGGAAUUCAUUUGGUGCUUCUUAGUAUUGAUGAGGGUAUUGUAGGAUACAGAGACGACUCCCUCGCAACAGUGAAGAGAAACCAGCAGCAGUAUGAAAUGCCUUUGGAAAUCGUUUCUUACAAAGACCUAUACAACUGGACGAUGGAUGAGAUUGUAUCAUGUUCAGGGGUGAAGUCAUCGUGCACAUACUGUGGUGUUCUAAGACGACAGGCUUUGGACAGAGGAGCAAUGAAGCUGGGAAUUAGUCAUGUGGUAACUGGGCACAACGCAGACGAUAUGGCAGAAACGGUGCUGAUGAACUUACUUAGAGGAGAUACCGCGCGCUUGGAGAGCUCCACCAACAUCACAACAAAGUCCACAGGAUCGCCAAUCAAGAGAUCGAAACCGUUCAAGUACUGCUACCAAAAGGAGAUCGUUCUCUACGCUCACUACAAGAAACUCGAUUAUUUCAGCACAGAGUGCACUUAUGCGCCAGAAGCGUUCAGAGGGACUGCAAGAGUGUUGAUGAAGAACCUCGAAAGCGUGCGGCCUUCCUGCAUUUUGGAUAUCAUUUACUCGGGGGAGCACUUUAAACUGAAGCAGAGGAAGAAAAGACCGGGGCCUAAAACACCUGCUCUUCAAGACCAAGAAACGGAGAUUCGCUUGGACGGUUCUGUGUCAUUGCAAAACAACGGAAACCGUUGCGAAAGAUGCGGAUAUCUGUCUACCAACAGAAUAUGCAAGGCUUGUCUAUUACUUCAAGGCUUAGAACUGAGCAGGGCCAAGCUGAGUAUUGCAGCGGACGCAGUUCCAAAAGUUGAAGAAGAUCAACUUCAGCGUAGAUUGCAGCAUCUUUCUUUCUAA